AUGGCAGGGUCGUCGAAGAAGGUAUAUGAGGUGUUUGUGUCUAAAAUACCAUGGACCCUUGCAAGCAAGGAGAUGAAGGACUACUUUGGGCAGUUUGGUCAAGUCAAGAAAUGCCUUGUUCCCUUUGACAAAGAGACAGGCUUCCACAGAGACUUCUGCUGGAUCAGCUACACGUCCGAGGAAGGCCUGAAUAAUGCUCUCCAGAAAGACCCACAUGUACUGGAGGGAUCCACGCUUCAAGUUCAAAGAAACAGAAAAGUGUUUCUGGGACAGAAAACAAACAAAGAGGUGGUGGAGACAAGCUGA